GCCAUCCGUGAGAAAAAUGUAAACGACUAAAUUUGGAGUAAAAACACAACAAAUUGCAAAGUUUAAAAAAAUAUUAACCCUAAAAUGUACACUGACGGGAAUAUUCAACUUUUGGUAGGAACAAUAUUCAAAUGAAAUGGACAACAAUCAAUCAGAAACAUACUCAUUGAGUAUGCCUCCUCCGCUUAUUUUGACGGCAAAAGCACUGAGAUUUCUUAAAAGAAUUGUUUAUUGAUAAAGUGCUCUCAACAUGGCUCCACCGGAGUUCCCGCCAAAGUCCUCGCUUUGCAACCAAUUCGACUUGGUGGAAAUCGUAUUCAUCUGCGUGGCCUUCACCUUCCUGCUCAUCCUCCUCACGCAGGCCUGUCGCAUCAUCGCUUCCGGCUUCGUGGACGUCACAUUGUAACAUAAAAGUUCCUAAGGAUGACACUUUGUGCAAGUCUCUUGUUCCCACCAGAUGUACUCCAAGACGCUCAUCGACCUGAUCAUAGCAUUUCGCUCCGUAUGCUGUAGAAUGACAAAAUCUAAGGAUGACAUUGUUGUAUACAGGGCAAGGAGGUUAUCGUGGCCAAUCUUGUUCAGUCGUUUGAAGAAAAUCCCUUCCAAAGAAGCCGAGGAGCUGACAAAAGCUAUUCUUUGUGACACGGAUGAUCCGGCGGAGGGGUGCUGCACGUCAUGGACCUGCGGCCAGGACUUCUGCUUCGGCGACGUCAUGUGCAUCGCCGUGGGGUUCAUGCUCAUGCUGGUUAUCGCGGCGCAGGCGUACAAGAUCGUCAUGGAUGCCCGCCGCCCGAGUAGGCAGCGGUGCUAGCGAAUGACAGCGGAAUCUCUCCACACUAUGAAAACUGACACUGGGAGUCUAUUCCAUGAACGAUACCUCAUCGUUCUGAUGGCGAUCACCCUGGCUUUUAUAGCUAUGGAAAA